AUGGGUGAUGACAGUGAGUGGAUGAAGUUGCCCAUCGACCAGAAGUGCGAACACAAGGUGAUUACCCGUCACACACACGCACUUAAGACAGACUUUCCUCACAGUGUUGAAUCCUUGCUGGAUGUGUUUCAGCAGCUGUGGUUUUGUUUCAUAAAAUAUUAUCCAAUAGCACACCCUGAGCUCGCAUUGUAAGCCAGUGUUUUCCAUUAGUAACGGCCGUCGGCUAAUCAGCCGGUUACGGACUCAUUUUCAGCCAGUUACUUUUUCCACGUCAUAUUAACUAGGCUACUUUUCAUUUAAACGUUUUAAUUCGCUAGUCCGUCGAACCCUCUCCCGCUAGAAUGAAUGAUAUACCGUUUCUAGUGAUCUAUUGAUAGGAUAGACGCCUGUUAGUCAAAGCGAGCGACGACAGGAAACGCUCUGUCCCGCCUCCCGGUAUAAUUUGUGUGUGCUGUGGUUGGUUGCAGUUGAAUUUCUUUACAUGGAGGAGGGAGAGAAUUUGUACAUCCCAUGUAAUGUAAGUCGUAACGAUGUAUGCACUAACUGUAAGUCGCUCUGGAUAACAGCGUCUGCUAAAUGACUAAAAUGUAAAUGAAAUCCACUUAGCCUAAUUAUUAUUUUCUGCGACAUUAAUGUAUUUUCUUUCGCGUGUUUCACGUAGCCAGCCACGCGGAGUCGUGGCGCAUAGGCUAUUUACUGUGCUUUAUUUGACAACUGGAAAGGAAGUGUUGACUGAUAAAAGGUGUUGAACUGACUAAAUAAAGUAGAUCUCCUACACUACCAGUCAACGGUUUGGACACACCUACUCAUUCAAGGGUUUUUCUUUAUUUUUACUAUUUUUUACAUUGUGGAAUAAUAGUGUAACUAUGAAAUAACACAUAUGGAAUCAUUUAGUAAGCAAAAAAAGUGUUAAACAAAGCAAAAUAUAUUUCGGAUUUUUCAAACCUCUGCUGCAGAGGAUAAGUUCAUUAGAGUUACCAGCCUCAGAAAUUGCAGCCCAAAUAAGUGCUUCACAGAGUUCAAGUAACCGACACAUCUCAACACCAACUGUUCAGAGGAGUGUGUGAAUCAGGCCUUCAUGGUCGAAUUGCUGCAAAGAAACCACUACUAAAGGACACCAAUAAUAAGAAGAGACUUGUUUGGGCCAAGAAACACGAGCAAUGGACAUAAGACCGGUGGAAAUCUGUCCUUUGCUCUGGAGUCCAAAUUUGAGAUUUUUGGUUCCAACCUCUGUGUCUUUGUGAGACGCAGUGUAGGUGAAUGGAUGAUCUCCGCAUGUGUAGUUCCCACCAUGAAGCAUGAAGGAGGAGGUGUGAUGGUGUGGGGGUGGUUUGCUGGUGACACUGUCUGUGAUUUGUUUAGAAUUCAAGUCACACUUAACCAGCAUGGCUACCACAGCAUUCUGCAGUGAUACGCCAUCCCAUCUGGUUUGGGCUUAGUGGGACAAUCAUCUGUUUUCAACAGGACAAUGACCCAACACACCUCCAGGCUGUGUAUUGCUAUUUGACCAAGAAGGAGAGUGAUGGAGUGCUGCAUCUGAUGACCUGGUCUCCACAAUCCCCCGACCUCAACCCAAGUGAGAUAGUUUGGGUUGAGUCGGACCGCAGAGUGAAGGAAAAGCAGCCAACAAGUGCUCAGCAAAUGUGGGAACUCCUUCAAGACUGUUGGAAAAGCAUUCCAAGUGAAGCUGGUUGAGAUAAUGCCAAGAGUGUGCAAAGCUGUCAUCAAGGCAAAGGUUGGCUACUUUGAAGAAUCUGUUUAACACUUUUUUGGUUACAACAUGAUUCCAUAUGUGUUAUUUCAUAGUUUUGAUGUCUUCACUAUUAUCCUACAAUAUAGAAAAUAGUUAAAAUAAAGAAAAACCCUUGAAUGAGUAGGUGUGUCCAAACUUUUGACUGUUACUGUAUAUAGAACAAAAAUAUAAACGCAACAAUUUCAAUGAUUUUACUGAGUUACUGUUCAUAUAAGGAAAUCAGAAGCCGGAUGUGGAGGUCCUGGGCUGGCGUGGUUACACGUGGUCUGCGGUUGUAGGACCGGUUGGACGUAGUGCCAAAUUCUCUAAAACGAAGAUGGAGGCGGCUUAUGGUAGAGAAAUGAACAUUCAAUUCUCUGGCAACAGCUCUGGUGGACAUUCCUGCAGCCAGCAUGCCAAUUGCAUGCUCCCUCAACUUGAGACAUAUGUGGCAUUGUGUUGUGUGACAACUGCACAUCUUAGUGGCCUUUUUAUAGUCCUCAGCACAAGGUGCACCUGUGUAAUGAUCAUGCUGUUUAAUUAGCUUCUUGAUAUGCCACACCUGUCAGGUGGAUGGGAUUAUUUUAGCAAUGGAGAAAUGCUCACUAACAGGGAUGUAAACAAAUUGAGAGAAAUACGAUUUUUGUGCGUAUGAGACAUAGGACCAACACUUUACAUGUUGCGUUUUAUAUUUUGUGUUCAGUAUAAUACUUAAGACUGACAUAACCCUUUUUAUUUUUUCCAUUUAACCUUUAAUUUCUCUGUUCUAAUAAAAUACAUAAUUUGAAAAACAAACGUUGUGGCAAUGCAUAUCUUGCAGUAAAACUGUAAAUACGAUUUUAAUCUCGGAGACAGGUUAAAGGUUUAAUAUUCUCAUACUUAGAAAAUAGCCCUGAUCAUAAACGCCUAGACCUAGACAAUAUUCAAAACAACUAACAAUACACUGAAUUCAUACAUUUUCAGUAAUUUUAAAUUGUCAUGUAUUUCUACACAAUACCACAGCACAUUUUUCCAAUCUGGGAAGUAAACUCGAUAAAGUAGCCUAUUCAAUAAUUUCGCAAUGUAUUUCGGAUGGAAUCAAGGCAUUAUAAUCUACCAGAGGCCACCAAAAUGUAGCUCCUGCAAAUAAUGUUGAACCCAGAGGGGAAGCCCCAACCCCCCACCCCCUCCUCCCCGGGGGUGCCUGGCUGGCUACUUUUUUUAUUUGGUGGCUACUCUAUGUACUUGUGAAAAACACUGGUGAGCUCAUUUCCCCCACAAAAACUGCUAAUUUAGACUAGAUUUCCAGCAGCAAAGAGCUAGACUGAAGACUGCUAAAUGGCUCUUCCAAAAGGAUAGCCUAACAUGCAUUGAAGCUUAUGAUUUUACAGUUUCCAAUCCAAUCACUGUCUUCAGUCUCUCUCAAAUAAUUUACACUCACUGACUGCGUCAAUCACAAUGGAGGAUAUGCUAGGCCAAAUAACUGCCCUCUGUACGUAACAUCAAAAGAAAGCCCAUUUUAAAUUAGUUUCUUUACUUUGGCUGUACAACUAGAAUCUGGGUCACAUCAAAUCCCUUAGUUAUGAACUCUAAUUUACCUUGACUCCCUCUCAUCACAAGGCUCACUGUUCUCCUGCUUCAUCCCAACCAAGGUAUGGAAAGCCAGACUAAAUGGCUAUGAAGAAGCCCUGAAGCUCUUCCAGAGGAUAGAGGACGAGAAGAGCCCAGAAUGGGGCAAAUACCUGGGCCUGCUUAAGAAAUUUGUGACCGACUCAAACGCCGUGGCCCAGCUGAAGGGCCUUGAGGCAGCAUUUACCUACAUUGAGAAGGCUCAUGUGGCUGGCAAGUAAGUACUAGACCUACAUCUCAUCUGACUACACAAAUGGAACUUUGUAAAUACAAGAAGAUGUAAUAGUAACUCAUUGCCUAGAUUGUCAGGCUACUUGAAUAGUUGAACAGUAGUAAUGAAAAGGCCUAACUCAUAGCCUUGGUCUUCAGGUUAGGUGAAUGCAUACAAUUAUAAUACAAGAGACUCAUUGUAAUUAUAUGGGUGAAUAUAUCUAAAUCUCCCAAUUAAAGCUUUGUCUGUUUUAAGUACUGAUCUCUGUGUGAAACUGGGCUUGUUGUGGAAAGCUCCAGUGAGCUCUAACGCAGUCAGGAUAAAUUUUAAGCCUGCCUGAUAUUUAUUUAUGGAGAGAGCCUGUCUGACAUGAGAUCCGUCCGUAUAUUGUGUGCAGCCUAUCGGGCAAGGAUUACACUAUUGAAUGAUUCUAGGAAGGACUAGUAGGGACUUAGAAUGCACGGUAGUGAAUGAGAGAACAGAGGCCAUAGGACAUAGAAGGUGAGUCAAAAGGAACACUAAUUCACAAGGGCUACAUCGCAAGCAUAACAUACAACUGUUUAUUAUGGAUUCUCAUGACAAUUAAGUCGGCAUACGCUACGCAGUGUACAUGAAUUGACACUCUACUCUCGCACGUAAAAUGUGACGCCGUUGACGGCAUCUCUCUGUGUGGUUUUGGCUUAAGUGUUUUGCUUGUGUUCCAGAACAUCAGGAGAGGUGGUGUCGGGCGUGGUCAGUAAAGUGUUCAACCAGCCUAAAGCCAGGGCCAAAGAGCUGGGCUCAGACAUCUGCCUCAUGUACAUAGAGAUCGAGAGGGCUGAGGUGGUUCAGGACGAGCUCAUCAAAGGCCUCGAUAACAAAAACCCCAAGAUUGUUGUCACCUGUAUUGAAACUUUAAGGAAGGCACUUAGGUGAGUUUUUCUACUUCAUAGUUUUGCUAAAGAUUUCUCCAACCAAUUAAUUCAGGCGCUUUUUUUUUUUUACCAUAGCUAUUAUGUCAUUACAUAGGCCUAAAUCCUGAAAUGUAAUUAUUUAUUUAUUUUUUCAGUGAGUUUGGGUCCAAAAUUAUUACUCUGAAGCCAGUGGUGAAAGUUUUGCCCAAACAGUUUGAGUCGAGAGAAAAGGCGGUUCGAGACGAGGCCAAACUACUAGCAGUAGAGAUUUAUAAAUGGAUCCGGGAUGCGCUUCGACCUCCUCUCCAGGGCAUCAACUCUGUUCAGGUGAGAUAAGGCUUCUGAACACUUUGUUACAGAGGCUCUUUCUCAAUUCAUCUUUCUUCGAUUUCUCACAUCUUCGCUUCCUUCUCAAAACACAUAGGAGAAGAAGGUCUGAGGAGAGGGACUUUGGACCUUCUCCAAUAAUAGGAUUGAAGCAUGGAAUCGCAGAAAGACCAAUUGAGAUGCAGCCAGAGUUUGUUUUUGCUCAUAUGCAAUAUGGGUCUCCAUAAAUUCCGGAACAACUGAUUCAUGGGAUGUCUAACAGCUGGGUUUCCUCUUCUUUUUUCCACAGUUGAAGGAGCUGGAGGAAGAGUGGGUGAAGCUGCCGACGACAGCCCCCAAACAGAGCCGCUUCCUCCGCUCACAGCAGGCCCUCAAGGCCAAGUUUGAACAGCAGCAGGCAGCUGGAGGAGACGAGGCAGAUGGUAUACUUUAUCAGACAGCCUAGUUUUGAUGUCCACAUUUAAGCCACUUUACGCCUUUUUCCUAGCCUGGAUGGCAGUCUGUUUGUGCUAUCUUAUGGAACUCCUUAUGGAAUUGUUGUCAAGAUGGCACAAACAGAUCUGUGACUAGGCUUCUCUCAUCAAUGGCUUUUGAGAGAGAAUUUGUGCAACGCUUUAUAUCUUUGUGGAAGAUAACUGUAAAUGCCCAGGUGUUGUUGAAAGACAAGAAGAUUGACGUAUGUAAAUGUUGCAUGGUAGUCUUGAUGAUUGAGACUGGUCUUGUGAAAAGCCUUUGCGCUGAAAUGUCGACAUCAAACAGUCUCAAAUAUAUAGUCUCGUCUUGUUUUUUUUUCUAUAAUCGUAUUGUGGAUAAUGAGAUGGGUAGGCCGGCUUACAUUAUCAGAUUGAAGGUCUCACACUAAACUCUCUUUCAGGAGAUGAUGAUGAUGACGAACCUGCACCUCAGGUAGACCCCUAUGAGCUGCUGGAAGCAGUGGAGAUCCUCUCAAAACUACCUAAAGACUUCUAUGACAAAAUUGUACGUUUGGGCUCCAGGGAAAUGACCCUUAAAUUCAAAAGGCCUUAAGUACAUCUAUUGAAUUAAUAUAUGCUAAACAUACACUACCGGUCAAAAGUUUUAGAACACCUACUCAUUCAAGGGUUUUUCUUUAUUUUUACUAUUUUCUACAUUGUAGAAUAAUAGUGAAGACAUCAAAACUAUGAAAUAACACAUAUGGAGUCAUAUAGUAACCAAAAAAGUGUUAAAUCAAAAUAUAUUUUAUAUUUGAGAUUCUUCAAAUAGCCACCCUUUGCCUUAAUGACAGCUUUGCACACGCUUGGCAUUCUCUCAACCAGCUUAACCUGGAAUGCUUUUCCAACAGUCUUGAAGGAGUUCCCACAUAUGCUGAGCACUUGUUGGCUGCUUUUCCUUCACUCUGCGGUCCAACUCAUCCCAAACCAUCUCAAUUGGGUUGAGGGCGGGGGAUUGUGGAGGCCAGGUCAUCUGAUGCAGCACUCCGUCACUCUCUUUCUUGAUAAAAUAACCCUUACACAGCCUGGAGGUGUGUUGGGUCACUGUCCUGUUGAAAAUCAAAUGAUAGUCCCACUAAGCCCAAACCAGAUGGGAUGGCAUAUUGCUGCGGAAUGCUGUGGUAGCCAUGCUGGUUAAGUGUGCCUUGAAUUCUAAAUAAAUCACAGACAGUGUCAUCAUUCUUUACGGUGGGAAAUACACAUGCAGAGAUCAUCCGUUCACCCACACCGCGUCUCACAAAGACACGGCGGUUGGAACCAAAAAUCUCAAAUUUGGACUCAUCAGACUAAAGGACAGAUUUCCACCGGUCUAAUGUCCAUUGCUCGUGUUUCUUGGCCCAAGCAAGUCUCUUCUUCUUAUUGGUGUCCUUUAGUAGUGGUUUCUUUGCAGCAAUUCGACCAUGAAAGCCUGAUUCACACAGUCUCCUCGGAACAGUUGAUGUUGAAAUGUGUCUUUUACUUGAACUCUGUGAAGCAUUUGGGCUGCAAUUUCUGAGGCUGGUAACUCUAAUGAACUUAUCCUCUGCAUCAGAGGUAACUCUGGGUCUUCCAUUCCGGUGGCGGUCCUCAUGAGAGCCAGUUUCAUCAUAGCGCUUGAUGGUUUUUGCGACUGCACUUGAAGAAACUUUAAAGUUCUUGACAUUUUCCGUAUUGACUGACCUUCAUGUCUUAAAGUAAUGAUGGACUGUUGUUUCUCUUUGCUUAUUUGAGCAAUAAUAUGGACUUGGUCUUUUACCAAAUAGGGCUAUCUUCUGUAUAUCCCCCUACCUUGUCACAACACAAUUGAUUGGCAUUAAAUUAACUUUUAACAAGGCACACCUGUUAAUUGAAAUGCAUUCCAGGUGACUACCUCAUGAAGCUGGUUGUGAGAAUGCCAAGAGUGCAAGGCUAAGGGUGGCUAUUUGAAGAAUCUCAAAUAUAAAAUAUAUUUUGAUUUGUUUAACACUUUUUUUUGGUUACUACAUGAUUCCAUAUGUGUUAUUUCAUAGUGUUGAUGUCUUCACUAUUAUUCUACAAUGUAGAAAAUAGUAAAAAAUAAAGAAAAACCCUUGAAUGAGUAGGUGUUCUAAAACCUUUGACCGGUAGUGUAUGUCAUAUUUUUUAUAUUAGGAGUUUGAAAGCAAAAGUUAGGCAAUUAUGUGUUUCUUGUAUUGAGUUGGAUCAAUGUAAUAAGACAUAAACCAUCUCUCAUUAUAUCUGACCUUAGGAGGCCAAAAAAUGGCAGGAGAGGAAAGAGGCCUUGGAAGCAGUGGAGACCUUGGCUAAAAACCCUAAAUUGGAGAAUGGCGACUUUGGUGACUUAGUCAGAGCACUAAAAAAGGUACUGUAACAUCUGUGUUUCACAGGGACGCCACUAAUUGGGAUACCGGGUAAUGGAAUGUAUCUCCAGGAAGUAGGACAAUGAUAAACCUCCUGAAAAUAAUAAUUUGUUUCCCAGGUUAUUGGUAAAGAUGCAAAUGUUAUGCUGGUGACCCUGGCAGCCAAAUGUGUGGCUGGACUAGCAGCUGGGCUCCGGAAGAAGUUUGGAACAUAUGCAGGACAUGUAAGUUACCUUCAAGGCAGUGGUAUAGAAUUGUGUUUACAACAGUUAUGCUAGCCAAGAGCAGUGAAUGUGGGAGCUGAUGCAUGAACAAGCUGAGUGCGGUUACAUUGGUAACGGUGGGGAGCAGUGGCAACAUGUAUUUGUACAUCCCUGAUUUUGUACAUAAUGUGAAAACUGUGCUUUAUAUUAUGCUCUGUGUUUCAAGGUGGUGCCAACGAUUUUAGAAAAGUUUAAAGAGAAGAAACCACAAGUGGUCCAGGCCUUGCAAGAGGCUAUUGAUGCAAUCUUCCUUACUGUGAGUAAACUGUACUAUGUGGAUUCACUGGUCAUAGUUUGGGCUUUGUUGCUAUGUGAUUCAUAUCAAGCUGAUUUUGUAAGAUCUGGAAUGUUGGGACUGUUCUUGUUUUGAGAGAUUAUCUUCUGUUUGAUUUGGUCAAGAGACUCAUUCCAGGCUGCUUCUAUUUUAUUUUCUGUGCCUAACAUAAUGUUUUCCAUGUCUUCUUAUUGUUUUGCAGACAACUCUCCAGAAUAUCAGUGAGGAUGUGUUGGGUGUGAUGGACAACAAGAACCCUUCCAUCAAACAGCAGGCCUCUCUGUUCCUGGCCAGAAGCUUCCGCCACUGCACCCAAGCCACGUUGCCAAAGAGCAUGCUCAAAGCUUUCUGCCCUGCAUUUCUCAAGGUACCGAAAACAUUUCAGAUUCAUAAACAGGCAAAUUCAUGGCUGGUUUCCCAGACACAGAUUACGUGUAGUCCUGGACUAAAAAGCAUGCUUAGUCAAGAAUCUGGAUUGAAAGUGCUUUUUAGUCCAAGACUUAAUCUGUGUCUGGGAAAACAUCCCUCUGUGGUCACAAAUGAUGUUCUGUCCUCCAAUUUGUGAACGUGUGGGGAAUAAUGCUCCUACUCCCCAUCUCUUGAUGAACCCUCUCAGCAAGUGAAUGAUUCGGCCCCAGAGGUGAGAGAUGCUGCGUAUGAAGCUUUGGGGACAGCCAUGAAGGUGGUGGGGGAGAAGGCUGUCAACCCAUUCCUGGCUGAUCUGGACAAACUCAAGCUUGACAAGGUGAGGAUUGCUAUGUAGAAUAUGUAUCAGUAUAUCUAUCGUUAUUGAUAUCAUUAAUAACAGUGUGUGAGUCUAUCGUCAAUAUACAGUAUGUCCUUAUCGUUGUUAUCAGUCUAUCUAUUACUAUCUUGUGUGCCGUGUUAUCUUGUGUAUCCUGUGUAAAACUAGUUCACUAAAAGUGAACUAAUGCCAAUGUAGAUUAGUUAUUUAUUGGAUAUACGGUUGUAUUAUUAUGAGAUAGUAUCCUUAAAGUUGACCCGUUUUUGAAGAGUAGACAACAAAUGAAAUUACCUGACCUCCAUCCAUCUCUAAAUGAACAGAUUAAAGAAAGUGCUGAUAAGGUGGAACUGCCUGGAAAGAAAGGAGGAGGUGGUGGAGGGGCGGAGAAGAAGGCACCUGCUGCAAAGGCAGCACCGCCUGCUGAGGCUCCAGCUAGAUCCUCUGCACCGCCCAAGAAGGCCCCAGCAGCUAAGGUUUGAUUGAUUGAUUUGACAAUUAAAAUGCAUAUAAAGCCACUUUAGCCUGAGACAAGGUGAACCCCAGGCUGCCAGUCUUAUUCACCAGGCUCGCUACACUGUCCCCGAUGAGACAGUAACCAUAGUAGGUAUCUGUAAAGAAACUACUAAAAAAUGAAUUUUUGUGUUCAUUAUUUUGCAGUUUGGUGGACCUCCUAAGAAAGGUAAACCUGCCUCCGCUCCGAGUGCGAAAGGAAAGAAAUGUUCUGAAACAAAGGAAUUCAUAGAGACCGAGCUAUCGGUAAGUCAACUGUUUUAAGAGGACUGCUAUGUGCAGCCUUUUAACCGUAGGAAUACUCAUUAUUUAGUAGUCUGGUUGAAUGAGCGGACCAUUUUUUCGGUGGUUAACUCUUUCAUUACCGGUAACUUGAGUGUUUGACCUUGUUUGUGUCCACUAGAUUGAGGUGUGUGAGGAGAAGUCCGCCGCGGUGCUCCCUGCCUCCUGCAUGCAGCUGCUGGACUCUGCUAACUGGAAGGAGAGACUGGCCAGCAUGGAGGAGUUUCAGAAGGUAACUCGUUUUGACUGUAUAAUCUGACCUCUUUAGUAUUGUCUUACUCAUAUCUCAUCAAAUGUUAUACAUUUGUGUUCUAUUUAAUUAUGUGGUCUUGCUCAUAUUAUGAACCUGCUCUUUACAACAAUGUGUAAAUAGAUAAAUUAGUGGAGUUAGGUACUUUUCUGUUAUAUUCUUAUCAUGUGAUUGUCACCAGGCUGUGGAGCAGAUGGACAAGAGUGAGAUGCCCUGCCAGGCUCUGGUUAGGAUGCUGGCCAAGAAACCAGGCUGGAAAGAGACUAACUUCCAGGUACAGCAUACCCAAGUUUAAACACUUACCACAGCGAGCUAAAAUGGAUACAUACAGUGCAUUCGGAAAGUAUUCAGAUCCCUUGACUUUUUUGUUAUGUUACAGCCUUAUUCUAAAAUUGAUUACAUCAAUCUACACACAAUACCCCAUAAUGAUUAAGCAAAAACAGGUUUUUAGAAAUGUUUGCUAAUUUAUUACAGAUAAAAACACCUUAUUUACAUAAGUAUUCAGACCCUUUGCUAUGAGACUCGAAAUUGAGCUCAGGUGCAUCCUGUUUCCAUUGAUCAUCCUUGAGAUGUUUCUACAACUUGAUUGGAGUCCACCUGUGGUAAAUUCAAUUGAUUGGACAUGAUUUGUAAAGGCACACACUUGUCUAUAUUAGGUCCAUGUCAGAGCAAAAACCAAGCCAUGAGGUCGAAGGAAUUGUCCGUAGAGCUCCGAGACAGGAUUGUGUCGAGGCACAGAUCUGGGGAAGGGUACCAAAAAAUGUCUGCAGCAUUAAUAAUAAUAUGCCAUUUAGCAGACACUUUUAUCCAAAGCGACUUACAGUCAUGCGUGCAUACAUUUUUUGUGUAUGGGUGGUCCCGGGGAUCGAACCCACUACCUUGGUGUUACAAGCGCCGUGCUCUACCAGCUGAGCUACCGAGGAAUUGAAGGCAUUGAAGGUCCCCAAGAACACAGUGGCCUCCAUCAUUCUUAAAUGGAAGAAGUUUGGAACCACCAAGACUCUUCCUAGAGCUGGCCGCCCGGCCAAACUGAACAAUCGGGGGAGAAGGGCCUUGGUCAGGAGGUGACCAAGAACCUGAUGGUCACUCUGACAGAGCUCCAGAGUUCCUCUGUGGAGAUGGGAGAACCUUCUAGAAGGACAACCAUCUCUGUAGCACUCCACCAAUCAGGCCUUUAUGGUAGAGUGGCCAGACAGAAGCCACUCCUCAGUAAAAGGCACAUGAUAGCCCGCUUGGAGUUUGCCAAAAGGCACCUAAAGACUCUCAGACAAUGAGAAACAAGAUUCUCUGGUCUGAUGAAACCAAGAUUGAACUCUUUGGCCUGAAUGCCAAGCGUCACGUCUGGAGGAAACCUCGCACCAUCCCUACGGUGAAGCAUGGUGGUGGCGGUAUCAUGCUGUGGGGAGGUUUUUCAGCAGCAGGGACUGGGAGUCAGGAUCGAGGGAAAGAUGAACGGAGCAAAGUACAGAGAGAUCCUUGAUGAAGACCUGCUCCAGAGCGCUCAGGACCUCAGACUGGGGCGAAGGUUCACCUUCCAACAGGACAACGACCCUAAGCACACAGCCAAGACAACGCAGGAGUGGCUUCAGGACAAGUCUCUGAAUGUCCUUGAGUGGCCCAGCCAGAGUCUGUACUUGAAACUGAUCUAACAUUUCUGGAGAGACCUGAAAAUAGCUGUGCAGCAGCGCUCCCCAUCCAACCUGACAGAGCUUGAGAGGAUCUGCAGAGAAGAAUGGGAGAAACUCCCCAAAUACAGGCGUGCCAAGCUUGUAGCGUCAUACCCAAGAAGACUUGAGGCUGUAAUCGCUUCCAAAGGUGCUUCAACAAAGUACUGAGUAAAGGGUCUGAAUACUUAUGUAAAUGUGAUAAUUGAGUUUUUUUAUUUUUAUAAAUUUGCAAAAAUCUAUACAAACCUGUUUUUGCUUUGUCAUUAUGGGGUAUUGUGUGUAGAUUGAUGAGGGGGAAAAUAACAAUUUAAUCAAUUUUAAAAUAAGGCUGUAACGUAACAAAAUGUGGAAAAAGUCAAGGGGUCUGAAUACUUUACGAAUGCACUGUAGAUACAAAUGUUGGUGAAAAUGUUGUGAUUGUAUCACCUAAGGUUUGUUUUUUAACGGAUAGUCCUAUGUAUUGGACCUUGUAUUUGUCCAGCUCCUGUCAUUAUUGUGGAUGUAUAAAACUCCAUUCACUAGAUGGACCCACAUUUCUCUGUCGUCAUAACUGACUUUUGGUUCUUGGGUUUGUUCAUGAUUCAGGUGAUGCAGAUGAAGCUUCACAUUGUGGGUCUGAUAGCCCAGAAGGGAUCCUUCUCCAAGACGUCAGCCUUCGUGGUGUUGGAUGGCCUGGUGGAUAAAAUAGGAGAUGUGAAAUGUGGGGGCAAAGCCAAGGAGGGCCUGACUGCUACCGCUGAGGCCUGCUCCCUGCCCUGGACAGCUGAACAGGUCUGUUGUUGGUGGUGUUGCCUUUCAGAACGGCGGUUCUGCUAUUCAGUUUUUUUUCCCUUUUCACAUCUUUGAAUUAAAAAAAGAACACAAGUAAGAAAUAUCAGUUGUUCACUAGUGUGCUUCAUCCCUCAGGUGGUCUCCAUGGUUUUUGCACAGAAGAAUCCUAAAAAUCAAGCUGAAACCCUCAACUGGUUGGCUAACGCCAUGAAGGAAUUUGGAUUUGCUGGGUAAGUUUCUUACUUUCCAUUAUUGGAGGUGUAUCCAUUUACCAAUAACAAUAUCAAAGCAUUCAGUGUCCUAUGAUAAUAUAUUCUAAUUCACAAAAUCAUUGCGGUAACACAAGUCUGCAGGUCUAAUGCUUUAUAACUUGUUAUAAAUAUGUAUGAUAAUGUACAUGUUUAUCGCUGCAGCAUCAAUGUGAAGGGUUUCAUUAACAACGUAAAGACGGCGUUGGGAGCGACCAACCCUGCGGUGCGGACAGCAGCCAUCACCCUCCUAGGAGUCAUGUACCUCUACAUGGGAGCACCUCUACGCAUGUUCUUCGAGGAUGAGAAACCUGCCCUGCUGAAACAGAUAGACGAUGAGUUUGAAAAGGUAAGAAAAACGUGUAUCUAAUAAGUAUAGUAUGUAUACAAUAUGUAUUUGUAUGUUCUAAUGAAUGGCCUCUGACUCUCUUUUUGAAAUUGCUAGCUAGGGGUUGAUUUCAACUGCUAUCUGUUCGGUCUACAUAAGAUUGUCAAGAAGGCAUAUAAGAAAUGUAUAUACUGUAUGGACAUGUAUAUAUUUUCAAUGUGACUGAUGCGAUUGCUGCGUCAGAUGCAAGGCCAGUCUCCUCCGACUGCGUUCAGAGGAGCCAAGAAAGGAGGAGCAGAGGAGGAUGGAGAGGAGGCAGACGAGCAGGAGGAGGAUGGAGGAGGAGGAGCACCUGACAUCAUGGAUCUGCUACCUAGAACUGACAUUAGGUUUGACUUUACACUCAUACCCUUUUCACACUACCUUGUCUGCACUGUUCCAUAUUUUCAACAACUAGGAUGGAUGUGUAAUCAGGCAAGCUCAUUACUGCUUGGAUUGGUUUGGCUCUGUUCAGCUCAGUAGUGUGAAAAACCUUAUACUUCUUUGACUAUUUUGAUUGACGGUUCCAUUCUAUGUUUAAUGGUUUGGCCAUUCCACCUCAUUAAUCCACUCAUUCUUUCAUCUCCUGUGCAGUGAUAAGAUCACACAAGACAUGGUGGAUAAGAUAGGUGACAAGAACUGGAAGAUUCGUAAGGAGGGUCUGGAUGAGGUGGCAGCCGUCAUCUCUGAGGCCAAGUUUAUCCAGGCCAGCAUAGGAGAGCUACCCGUGGCACUGAAGGGACGCCUCAACGACUCCAACAAGAUCCUGGUAAGAGGUUGAAGAGCUAGCUGUCUGUUUUUUGUUUUCAGUAUCAAAUUGACGAAGAGGUCUUCGAACUUGUUGCAGGCACUCUUUAGUAUGUUAAGUCUAAGCUAUAUUUUAUUCUGUCUCAUAGUAGAAUAUUAUAUGACAUUAUAGCUUUUUCUUAUACCAAAGUAUAUUUCCUCUCUCCAGGUCCAGCAAACCCUGACCAUUCUUCAGCAGAUGGCCGUAGCGAUUGGCCCAGCUCUGAAGCAACAUGUCAAGAACCUGGGUAUGCCCAUCAUCACUGUACUGGGAGACAGCAAGGUAAAGCCUAUCGUACUCUGAGAUACAUGCACAAAGGCAUAGGUAGCUAUUAUGGUUAGUGUGAUAGAGAAUAUUAUACUGUACGCAUAGUACAUACACAUAAUGAGCAUAACUAAUCUAGUACAAGUGAUUGACUGAGUGACUGUUUUGGUUGUUCUCAGUAUCAGUUGUCAGUCGGUAUUGUAUUGAGUGAAUAAUGGUGUGGAUUCUGUGUAUCCCCCUCUCCCCUGUAGACCAACGUGCGUGCUGCUGCCAUGACAACCCUGCAGGCCUGGGUAGAACAGACCGGCAUGAAGGACUGGCUGGAGGGAGAGGACCUGUCUGAAGAGCUCAAGAGAGAGAACCCCUUCCUUAGGCAGGAGGUACAAACACAGCCCUUCAGGUCAUCUCUUAAAACCUCUCUUAAAGCCUGCCUCUUGUAGCUGGCAGUAAUAUGUGAUCAGGAUGUGGUUAGGUGCUGGUAUCAUGGGUAUUGUGUGGAAUCUGAGCACAAGGUUGAAACGUUGGGGGCAUCUGGAAUGGGAAUCAUAAUACCUCCAACCAUGUUUGAUGGCCAUGUACGCUUAUAAUCUCUACCUGACACAGCCAGAAGAGGACUGGCCACCCCUCAGAGCCUGGCUCCUCUCUAGGUUUCUUCCUAGGUUCCUGCCUUUCUAGGGAGUUUUUCCUAGCCACCGUGCUUCUACAUCUGUAUUGCUUGCUGUUUGUGGGUUUUAGGCUUGUGACAUCUGCUCAUCUAUAAAGGGCUUUAUAAAUACAUUUGAUUGAUUGAGAAUGACCCAUAUAACACGCCCCUCCCCUCCCCUCUCCAGGUGCUGGGCUGGCUGGCAGAGAAGCUCCCCACCAUGCGUACAGUGCCCUCUGACCUGAUGCUGUGUGUGCCCUACCUGUACUCCUGUCUGGAGGACCGCAACGGAGACGUGAGGAAGAAGGCCCAGGAUGCCCUGCCCACCUUUAUGAUGCAUUUGGGCUACGAGAAGAUGUUAAAGGCCACUGGCAAACUCAAGGUACGCUCUGUCAUGGAGGAGAUGACUUGGACAGGCUAAAUUUCAAGAUAUAAAAGAUGCCUUUGCCUCAAUCCAGUCUGAGUUACUAAUUGAUAGUGGAUUGAAAGAAAGUGAAACAGAGCUGUAUUCAGUCUGGAUUUCCAGGCUAGAGUACAUUGUCUUACGUCCGGUUCAUGGCUACACAUUCGUGUUAGAAAGACUCAAUAAGUCGGAAGACAAUGGGCUAUGGUAUUGUUGUUCUGUAGUGACUGUGUCCCACUCUCCCUGCAGCCCGCCUCGAAGGAGCCUGUGUCUGCCCUGCUGGAGAAGGCACGGGCAGUGAUGCCAGCCAAGCCUGCUCCACCUCCUGGCAAAGCUGCCGCAGCCAAGUCUAUCAGCGGCGGUGCCCCUGCUGCAAAGUCAGGUUGGCUUGCUUCUCAGUUACUUUCUGAAUGAAGUAUGAUCAAAUCAAAUUGUAUCUGUCACAUGCGCUGAAUACAACAGGUGUAGACCUUACCGUGAAAUGCUUACUUGCAAGCCCUUAACCAACAAUGCAGUUCACGAAAUAGAGUUAAGAAAAUAUUUACUAAAUAAACUGAAGUAAAAAAAAAAAAAAAACACAAUAAAAUAACAAUAACGAGGCUAUAUACAGAGGGUAUUGGUACCGAGUCAAUGUGCGGGGGUACAGGUUAGUCGAGGUAAUUUGUACAUGUAGGUAGGGGUAAAGUGACUAUGCAUAGAUAAUAAACAGCGAGUAGCAGCAGUGUAAAAACAAAGGGGGUAGGGAGGUGGGGGGGGGGGGGGGGCAUUUGAUUAAUUGUUCAGCAGUCUUAUGGCUUGGGGGUAGAAGCUGUUAAGAAGCCUUUUGGACCUGGACUUGGCGCUCCGGUACCGCUUGCCAUGCGUUAGCAGAGAGAACAGUCUAUGACUUGGGUGGCUGGAGUCUUUGACAAUUUUUAGGGCCUUCCUCUGACACCGCCUGGUAUAGAGGUCCUGGAUGGCAGGAAGCUUGGCCCAAGUGAUGUACUGGGCCGUACGCACUACCCUCUGUAGCGCCUUACGGUCGGAUGCCGAGCAGUUGCCAUACCAGGCGGUGAUGCAACUGGUCAGGAUGCUCUCGAUGGUGCAGCUGUAGAACUAUGAGUGUGCAGAACACUGUGUGCAUCCCAAAUGGCACCCUAUUCCCUAUUUAAUGCAUUACUUUUGACCAGGGUCAAUAGGGCUCUAGUCAAAGGUACCGCACUAUUUAGGGAAUAGUGUGCCAUUUGGGACACACAAAAGUAUCCUCUACCACCAGUAUGCUCCUUUCAUGUGGCUAUAUCAGCAAAGUAGCGUCAGCCAUUGAGUUUGAAGAGGGGGAUCUAUCUUUUUCAAUUUUCUUAUCUUGGGCAAGCAAACAUUUCUCUAGCUCCCUUGGACAGGUAGCUUGUGUUGUAACAUGUAGACUUUGACUGUAAAUCUAUAUAAAAGUGUCUUCUAUAAUAGAGUAUUAUUUAUAUAAGCCGUGUUCAUCCCAGAACUUCCUAACCACUCUGUUGUUGGUGUUGUGCAGCUUUGUCUAAAGCUAAACCUAAAGCUGUUAUCGAUGACUAUGAUGAUGACGACGAGCCUGAGCAUGAGACUAAGACUAAGAAAGUGGUUAAGGCUGGAGCUGCUAAAAAGGUAUGCAUUUAUUAAUCUUACAAUUUUCAUUGUUUAUUUGUCUGGGACCGUGUACAAUUAAAACAUACAUUUGAUGCGUUUUUCCAGAUAUACAGUGCCUUCAGAAAGUAUUCAUACCCCUUGACUUGUUCCACAUUUUCUUGUUACAGCCUGAAUUCAAAAUAGAUUAAACUGAUUUUUUUUCUCACCCGUAUACACACAGUACCCCAUAAUGACAAAGUGAAAACAUGUUUUUAGAAAUGUCAUCAAUUGUGUUGAAAAGGAAAUAAAGAAAUAUCUAAUUUAUGUAAGUAUUCACACCCCUGAGUCAGUACUUUGUAGAAGCACCUUUGGCAGCGAUUACAGCUGUGAGUCUUUCUGGUUAAGUCUCUAAGAGCUUUCCACACUUGGAUUGUGCAACAUUGGCAACAUUUUUUGCAGUAUUACUUUAGUGCCUUGUUGCAAACAGAAUGCAUGUUUUGGAAUAUUUGUAUUCUGUACAGGCUUCCUUUUCACUCUGUCAAUUAGGUUGGUAUUGUGGAGUAACUACAAUGCUAUUAAUCCAUCCUCCGUUUUCUCCUAUCACAGCCAUUACAAAUAUCUGUAACUGUUUUAAAGUCACCAUUGGCCUCAUGGUGAAAUCCCUGAGUGGUUUCCUUCCUCUCCGGCAACAGAGUUAGGAAGGACGCCAGUAUCUUUGUAGUGUAAUUAAUAACUUCACCAUGCUCAAAGGGAUAUUCAAUGUCUGGUUUUCUAUUUUAACCCAUCUAACAAUAGGUGCCCUUCUUUGCGAGGCAUUGGAAAACCUCCCUGGUCUUUGUGGUUGAAUCUGUUUGAAAUUCACUGCUCGACUGAGGGACCUUCCAGAUAAUUGUGUGUGGGGUACAGAGACGAGGCAGUCAUUCAAAAACACUAUUAUUGCACACAGUGAGUCCAUGCAACUUAUUAUGUGACUUUUUAAGCACGUUUACUCCUGAACUUAUUUAGGUUUGCCAUAACAAAGGGGUUGAAUACUUGUUGACUGAGGCAAAAUGUGGAAAAAGUCAAGGGGUGUGAAUGCUUUCUGAAGGCUCUGUAGCUAGACUGAUAAUGCUUGUCUCCAGUCCCUGGGAAUCUUGCCACUGUCAUUUAAAAUCUAAAUCGGUACAAUCUCAUUCAGCUCUUGGCACACCAAGAUCCUACAAUGUGCCAGCUUUUCUCUCUGUGAACUGGAUAUUUCAUUCUGCAUUUAAUAGAACGCCCCCCAGGAAUCUGUUGCGAGCUCGGAUAAAGAUAGUGUCAGUAGUCCUAAAAGACUUACAAAGGGGAAGCGUAGCAGCCAGCAGGUACAUGGUUGGAGUCAAGCACCACUGUUACUAAUAUGUGACUCAGGAAUGACUAACUGGGUGGACUGAGCCUUGCACCAGGUGUUAAGGCACUGCACGUGUGUCUGUUUCUAAAACUAUGUGGGUGAAUUUUUUGUGUGCAUGUUUUGUGGGUAUUAAAACACACCCACACACUGUGUGAGGCUGAACACAAUAUCUAAAUGUUUUAUGUUUUGCUUUUAUAUUUAGCGUUAUCUUGUAAUGGUAAUAAUAAUUGGUCUAGCUUUUCAUAUACAGGCUGCAAUCAGAGAGUUAUUUACAUUAUAAACAUACAAUGUUUCUCUGCUGUCUUUUAAACCUUUUCUUUCUGUCUUUGUCUGACCACGCUAUAAACGAGUUUUACAACUUUUGUAUGUAGCUUUAUAUCUUGUUGUUAUGUUUCUGAACGGUCUUUUAAACCUCCCUGUUUCUCUACCACAUAUUCUGAGCACAAUGCAUAAUAACCCUUUUAUCUCUAGCUUUUAAAUACAGGUAAUUGCCAAAAUAAUGGAAAGACUUGAGUAAAUGAAAGCAGGUGCUUCCACACAGGUGUGGUUCCUGAGUUAAUUAAGCAAUUAACAUCCCAUCGUGCUUAACAUCCCAUCGUGCUUAAAUGACAUGUAUAAAAAUGCUGGGCAGCCCAUUAUUUUGGCUACCAUGGCUAUGGCCCCAUAGGAUGACAAUGCCCCAUCCACAGGGCACGAGUUGUCACUGAAUAAUUUGAUGAGCAUGAAAACGAUGUAAACCAUAUGCCAUGGCCGUCUCAGUCACCAGAUCUCAACCCAAUUGAACACUUAUGGAAUAUUCUGGAGCGGUGUCUGAGACAGCAUUUUCCACCACCAUCAACAAAACACCAAAUUAUGGAAUUUAUUUUGGAAGAAUGGUGUUGCAUCCCUCCAAUAGAGUUCCAGAUACUUAUAGAGUCUAUGCCAAGGUGCAUUGAAGCUUUUCUGUCUCUUGGUGGCCCAACCCCCUAUUAAGACACUUUGUGUUGUUGUUUCCUUUAUUUUGGCAGUUACCUGUAGCUUUGUAUCUUGUAAUGAUGUUGUUUCUGUGCUUUCUAUGUUGUUCUGAUAAUGUCUCUGCGCUGUCUUGUAAACCUCCUCAUUUCUCCCCGUCCCGUCUUCAGGGUGUGCUUGGGAAGAAGGCCCCGGUCACUAAGGCCACUGCCAAGGAUGAGGAGGACAGGUCAGGUGUUAUCUUUAUGCUGGUGCCCAACGGCAAGGAACAGAGGAUAAAGGAGGAGAAAGGGCUGAAGGUAAUAUAGAUUAUAGUAAUAAUAUAUGCCAUUUAGCAGACGCCUUUAUCCAUAGUCUUAAUCAUGCAUGCAUUUAAUUUAUGGGUGGUCCCGGGAAUCAAACCUAUAUCCUGGCGUGGCAAGCUCCAUGCUCUACUAACUGAGCUACAGAGAAGUGACGUCACCUUUUUAGCUAUUCAGUUUUAUCACCUUGUAGCUUUUCACUUUGAUAAAGGAGUGGGUGAGGUGUCUCUGUUGUCUGUGGAGGCUGUGCCGUGUUGAAGGAAAAGGUUGAUCAAAAGGACAGUAUUGAAAUGAGUCAUGUCAUGUGUUUCAUCUGCUCCCUGACAGUUUGUGUGGCAUUUUGGAUGCCCAGGAUAAGACUGUUUGCUGAGCAAGAAAUAAUUAUUUAUUUUAUCCUUUAUUUAACCUGGCGAGUCAGUUAACCCGAGUCAAUUUGCAUGAAAUCAAAUUGGCAUAAUAAAAACACCUUUUGUUUCGUCAACAAUUAUUCUUUUUGGGAUACCUGAAGGGGUCCUAAAAUUAGAAAUGCAAUAUCUAAAUGAUCCUUGGUAUGACCAUCUUAAAACAAUUCGAUAUGUUAGCUUAGUAGAAAUCCCCCCCCCCCCCCCCCCCCCCGUAAUGUGAGUAAAUAAUGCUGAAUAAUCACUUGUGAUGCAGGUGUUGAAAUGGAAUUUCCAGACCCCUCGAGAUGAGUAUGUGGACCAGUUGAAAACUCAGAUGUCUACCUGCUUCGCCAGGUGGCUCCAGGACGAACUCUUCCACGCUUCUGACUUCCAACGCCAGGUGAAGGCUAUUGGGGUCAUGGGAGAGGUAAGAUCCCCACAGGAGACAGCAAAACACAUGUAUGAUUAGAUAGAGCCCUUGGUGAGUCUCUUUCUUUUUUAUUUAUACAGGUUUGUGUUAUUGAGAUGAUCUCUUUUGCAAUAAAAACCUAUACUCUGAAGAGUGAAAAUAAUUAUAAUAUCAAAUCUUAUUUUUAGUUUAUUUUAGAAAAAGAAGUACCCUGUUUCUUCAGUUUUGCCUUUUGCCUCCAGCACUUUCUCAAAUCAGCUAAUGGUGUGUGGUAGAGUCUGACUAUUACCUACAAGUUUAUUUUAGAAUAAAACCAUUAGUGUUUUUUUUAAACCUAAGGGAGUUUUUUUACUUGACUGACUACAAUGUUAUUUUUACACUGUCUAGCGUAUGGAGGAUGAGCUUGAGGGCACAGUCAGCUGCUUGGACCUGAUCCUGAAGUGGUUCACGCUGCGUUUCUUUGAGACCAACAGCACUGUGCUGAUGAAAGUUCUGGAGUACCUCAAGCUGCUCUUCCCCAUGCUGAGCAGAGAGAACUACCACCUUAACGAAUACGAGGCUUCCUCCUUCAUCCCCUACCUCAUCCUCAAAGUAAGUCACCUCCAUCCACUAUCUCAUUCCAAAAUCAUGGGCAUUAAUAUGGAGUUGGUUCCUCCUUUGCUGCUAUAACAGUCUCUGCGCUUCUGGGAAGGCUUUCCACUAGAUGUUGGAACAUUGCUGCGGGGACUUGCUUCCAUUCAGCCACAAGAGCAUUAGUGAGGUCUGGCAUUGAUGUUGGGUGAUUAGGCCUGGCUCGCAGUCGGCGUUCCAAUUUAUCCCAAAGGUGUUCGAUGGGGUUGAGGUCAGGGCUCUGCACAGGCAAGUCAAGUUCUUCCACACUGAUCUUGAAAACAAUCUCUGUACCUCGCUUUGUGCAUGGGGGCAUUGUCAUGCUAAAACAGGAACUUCCCCAAACUGUUGCCACAAAGUUGGAAGUACAGAAUCGUCUAGAAUGUCAUUGUAUGCUGUAGCUUUAAGAUUUCCCUUCACUGGAACUAGGGGGCCUAGCACAAACCAUGAAAAACAGCCCCAGACCAUUAUUCCUCCUCGACCAAACUUUACAGUUGGCACUAUGCACCAAACCCAGGUUCGUCCAUCGGACUGCCAGAUGGUGAAGCGUGAUUCAUCACUCCAGAGAACGCGUUUCCACUGCUCCAUUGUCCAAUGGCGGCAAGCUUUACACCACUCCAGCCAACACUUGGCAUUGCGCAUGGUGAUCUUAGACUUGUGUGCGGAUGCUCGGCCAUGGAAACCCAUUUCAUGAAGCUCCCGACGAACAGUUCUUGUGCUGGUGUUGCUUCUGGAGGUGGUUUGGAACUCUGUAGUGAAUGUUGCAACCGAGGACAGGCUAAUAGUUUUAUGUUAUUAUGCGCUAGGUGCUUCAGCACUCGGCAUUCCAGUUCUGUGAGCUUGUGUGGCCUACCACUUCGCUGCUGAGCCGUUGUUGCUCCUAGACGUUUCCACUUCACAAUAACAGCACUUACAGUUGACCGGGGCAGCUCUAGCAGGGCAGAAAUUUUACAAACUGACUUGUUGGAAAGGUGGCAUCCUAUGACGGUGCCACGUUGAAAGUCACUGAGUUCUUCAGUAAGGCCAUUCUAAUGCCAAUGUUUGUCUAUAGAGAUUGCAUGGCUGUGUGCUGGAUUUUAUACACCUGUCAGCAACGGGUGUGGCUGAAAUAGCCGAAUCGACUAAUUUGAAGGGGUGUCCACAUACUUUUGUGUAUAUAUAGUGUAAGUCACCUCCAUCCCCAACCUCAUCCUCAAACUAUGUCACCUUAUCCUUCAUCCCCUACCUCAUCCUCAAAGUCACCUCUACCUCCACCCAGACCAGGGUUCAAAUUUAUAUCUGAAGUCUUUCAAAUACUUGGCACUCCAGGGAGACUCAAGCAAAUGUUCAAAGUAUUACAAUUAUUUCAGAUACUAUUUGAACCUAGGUCUGGGACCAACACACUCUCCAUGUGGUGUGGUCUCUGUUUAUAGAAAGCUGUGUGACAUCCUUUUUUCACCUGACAGGUUGGGGAAUCGAAGGAUGUGGUGCGUAAAGAUGUGCGUGCCAUCUUCACCAUGCUUUGUAAGGUCUACCCCGCCAGCAAAGUCUUCCCUUUUCUCAUGGAUGGGACCAAGUCCAAGAACUCCAAACAAAGAGCUGGUAAGACCAAGUGGGCUAAGGCUAGAAUAAAGGAGGAGAUAAUACAAUUCAUUGCAUUGUCAAAUCUUAUAUUCAUUGUAGUAAUAAUAAUACAUGGGACUUAUAAAGCGCUUUUCAAGGACCCAAAGUCGCUUAAAGGGGAAGUUUACCCAAAGGGGAAGUUUAUCCCAAAAUCCAGAAACUCCCAAGUAAUUCCAUACAUUGAAACUAGUUCUGUGGAGUUUGCCCUCUCCCCUUCUCUCUCUCUUGAGUGCAGAACUGCGACGUCUGCAAAAACGGGUCACGUGACAUGUGAUGUUACUGGAUGCAGGCCUCACUCUGCUCCGUUGUCAGUGAAUGCGUGAUUCACAAAUUCAUAAGUAAGCGUAAUGCCGAAUUUGCUAUUUUUGUCAAAAGUACCAUCGGUUUUGAUUUAAAAUGUAUACUUUUCCACCUAAAAUAUUUGUGAGUAUUUUAUAUCAUUAUUUUAUGUAGCAGACUGUCACAGCAGCGGAGAUGGGUAACAACUGCGCAUGCUACGUAGAAAUGUCACAAUAUGCCCUUAUAUGGAGCUUGAUGUCACAGAUUCAAGUUCGUUUCGGGGGGUAGAAGUAGUGAGGAUACAAUUUUUUAUUUUUUUUACAACCAAGAACAUGUCUGACGAAAGACUCGCGAGUGAGGAGGAAGAGUAGCCUACUGGAGGGGCGUCGAUGUUGUCAAACCUUAUUUAUUUGAGUCAGAGUAGCCACUGUUUUAGAAACCGAGGCCGCAGCAGCAGCUGGACAAGAGCCCCAGCCCAGGAUCAACACAGACUGGUGGUGGAGUUGUGGCAAUUGCGCUCCAAUGCCGACCAAUGAGGAAGGUUUGUGCUGCAGAGAAUUCAAAUAUGUGACUAGAAUUCUUACAGACGUGGAGGAACUUAUUAAUGAUGAGGAGCAGUUAGUUUGCUUUUGCGACCACAGGGAUUUUGCUGCCCACGAAAACUGGUGUCCUGGACAAAAAUUCUGUAAUUUCAAAAAGGAAUUGGAGAGACAACCCUGUUCCAGCUGCGCCAAAUGGACAGUUAUCCAAACGAGGAAGUAGCUAAACUUUACUUUAUUGAGUGAACGCUUAUCAUAAACCUCUGAACAGGACCGUUAGUGGGUUUAUGGUUUCACAUUAUCCUAUGUUUGUUUAUUUAUUUAUUCAUAUAUAUAUAUAUAUAUAUAUAUAUAUAUAUAUAUAUAUACUGCAAUGUAAGGUGACACAAUGUCUAUUGUCUCCUCAACCCCCCUUGUCAUAAAUACAUAGGGCACAUAUGCUAACCUGUAUUGCACCUAGGCCUAUAUGUCUCCAUGAUAUGGUGCAACGGUAAUAAGAACACCUUGAACUUCAAGGAUCAGGUUAGGCUACAUACUGUACCUCCGUAUGCUUCCUUUGUCGCUUUCUCUUCUGAAACGCACUGCGCCAGAUCCUGUCCAUGGAAAUACAGUAGCAACAGUUGUAUCUUUUGGUAUCCUUUGGUUUUCUGACCCCGUAAUUUCAGAUUGCAUAUCUCGUUCAUAUGCAUUGACAUCAAGCUCCAUAUAAGGGCGUAUGAGCAGGGUUUCCCCCACGAGGGCGCUCAUGCGCAGUUGUCACCCAUUUCUGCUGCUGUGACAGUCUGCUACAUAAAAUAAUCACAAAUGUUUUAGGUGGAAAAGUACACUUUUCCUGACUCAAAAUUAGCUAAUUCGGCCGUACGCUUUCAAUAACACAAUGAAUUUGACCACAGAUGGCGCAUUUGUGAAUCAUGUAUUCACUGACAACGGAGCAGAGUGAGGCCUGCAUCCAGCAACGUCACGAGGCACAUGACCCAUUUUUGCAGCUGUCUCAGUUCUGCAAUCCAUGGAGGGGGAGAGGGCGACCUCCACUGAACUAGUUUCAAUGUAUGGAAUCACUUGGGAGUUUCUAGAUUUUGGGUAAACUUCUCCUUUAAGGGUAGGCCUUGUCAAAGAGGUGGGGCUUUAGGAGGGACUGAAAGUGGGUGAUGGACUCAGAGUCAUGGACGGCUGGAGGGAGGGCGUUCCAGAGCCUAAGAGCAACCCUGGAGAAGGCCCUGGAGCUUGGACCUGGGGAUGACAAGGUGGCCUGCUGUGGUGGAACGAGUGCGCGUAUGGGUUGGUAGGGGAGAAGGUCUGAGAGGUAAGGGUGGUGAAGGGCUUUGUAGGUCAGAAGCAGGAUCUUGUAAUCAAUGUGUUGGGAACCAGUGGAGUUCAAGGAGGACAAGGGUGAUGUGCUGCUAGGACUUAGUGUGGGUGAGGAGUCGGGCUGCAGUUUUGAACCAUUUGGAGCUUCUGGAGGGAGCUUGAGUUGAUGCCUGAGAGUAGUGAGUUGCAGUAGUCAAGAUGGGAGGAGAUUAAUGCAUGUAUGUGGGUUUCAGCGGGAGGACGGGAGGACCUGACUUUGGCAAUGUUGCGAGGUGGAAGAGGAUUUGACAGUCUGUCUUUUGUGGUGGUCAAAGGAGUGGGUGGAAUCCAGGAUGACCCCAAGGUUGCUUGCAUUGAGGGAGGAAGAGACAGUUGUCGUCAAUGGUGAGAGUAAAGUUGCGAGCUUUGGUGAGGGUGGAUUUGGUACCUAUGAGGAGUUCCAUUUUAUCACUUGAGCUUGAGGAAGUUUUGUUGCAUCCAUGUUUUUAUUGCAGAGGCGGGAUUCAAUGUGGGUUGAGGAGGGAUUUGGUGCUGAGGUAGAUCUGGGUAUCAUCGGCAUAGCAGUGGAAGUCGAGGUUGAAGUGACUGAGGAUCUAACCAAGGGGGAAGGAUGUAGAUGAUGAGUAAGGGACCCAGUACAGAGUCCUGGGGGACACCCUGUGUAACUGCAGCUGAGUUUGAGGUGUGGCCAUUGAGGCAGAUGUAGUGUAGUGGGUCCGGUUUGUGAGGUAUAAGUGUAGCCAGGAGAGUGCGGUGCCCUCAACACCCAGACCCUCAUGCCUGGUGAGGAGGAUCUGAUGGCUCACUGUGUCAAAAGCGGCACUCACGUCGAGGAGAAUCAGGAUGUAGAGGGAACCAGCAUCAGCGGAGGUGAGGAGGUCAUUGAUAACUUUAGGAGUGCAGAUUCAGUAGUGUGGAGGGGCGGAAACCAGACUGGAGGGGAUUGAAUAUGUUGUGGGUUUGUAAUUGGGAGGCAACAGUCCGUUCCUUGACAAGGAAAUGGGGUGGAAGUUAUUGAGAAGGGUGGUGUCCAGUCUUGGCUUUUUUAAGAUGGUGGGGACUGUUCCGUUGACGUUGUGUGUGAUAUAUGGACAGAGAGCAUGCAGGCAGGCUUUGAUGAGAACAGUGGGGAGAGGAUCCAGGGAGCAAGUUGUAGUCUUGGAUGACAUUACUUUUGAGAUGUAUGGAGAGUCAAUGGGGGGUGAAUUCAGAGAGCCGGGUCUCAGCAGUGGCGGUUGACGGGGAGGGGCGGCUGAGGGAGAUUGAUCAGUCAGUGAUGAGUUUAUUUUAGUGAACUUGUCUUUGAAAAACUGAAGGAAGGAGUUGCGGAGUUCAGUGGAGGGAGUAGAGAAGGUGUCGUUACGGUGUUGAAGUCAUUUGCUGACAGGGGGAACAGAGUCCGGGAGUUCUUAUUGGAGCUGUUGAUGAUGUUGGAGAAGUAGGCGGACCUGGCAGCACUGAGGGCAUCUCUGGAGGCGGAGGUUGUAGGCCUCAGCGUGGACAGUGAGCCCAGACUUCCUGCUCAGGCGCUCCAGGCGGCAGCCAGCUUGCUUCAGGGCGUGGAGCUCAGGGAUAAAUAAGGGGAGGAGAAGGGAACAGGUUUAGUUUGGAGGGGGGCCAGAUAGCUGAGAGAAACUGAGCAGUGUUGAAUUGGGCAGCUAGCUCAUAAGGUGAGUUGGGGGGCGUGGUCAAGGGGCAGGUCAGAGCACAUGGCAUCAGAGCGUUGGAGGGGGUCAACAGCUUUGAUGUUGCGGAAGGAGAUGAGGCGUUUGUCAGUGUUGUGGGGUGAGUAUGAGGGAAGAGGGACAUUUAAGGAUCUUGUGGUCAGACUGUAGGAACAGGGAAGGGGAAAUAUUAGUUAGGUUGACGCCAAAAGAGCAGACGAGAUGUGUAUGUGUCCCUUGAUGUGAGUGGGAAAAUUGACAUGUUGGGUAAUAUUGAAACAGAACAGCAAUGAAAUCCGAGACAAGUUUUGAUUUUGAGUCCAUGUGAAUAUUCAUAUCGCCAAGCAACAGUAACAGGGGGAGAGUAAGAACCUUCAGGCCUUCUGUUGAGUGUAAACUUCCUGUGCUUCAAUAUCCUUAUUUGUAUCUCCUCGUUGUGGCACGAACCAACCAUUCUCUCCCUGUAUUCCCCUAGAAUGUCUUGAGGAGCUAGGCUGUCUGAUAGAGAACUAUGGGAUGAACGUCUGUCAGCCAACACCAGCCAAAUCCCUGAAAGAGAUCGCUGUUCACAUCGGAGACAGGGACAAUUCAGUACGCAAUGCUGCCCUCAACACAGUGGUGGCUGUGUACAAUGUCUGUGGGGACCAAGUCUACAAACUCAUUGGCAAUGUAAGAUACUCCUACUACUACAAUGUACUGUAAUAUAAACUGCAAUAGAGGGUAUGUCACAAAGCAGGAUCAAUGAGUUAGCCAGCAAACUAGCAUAAAUGUUCAGAAAUGAAUACAUUUAAGUCCUGUGUAGCUCAGUUGGUAGAGCAUGGUGCUUGCAACGCCAGGGUUGUGGGUUCGAUUCCCACGGGGGGGCCAGUAUGAAAACUGUAUGCACUCACUUAACUGUAAGUCGCUCUGGAUAAGAGCGUCUGCUAAAUGACUAAAAUGUCAAUUUUAAAAGAUAUGCUUGAAAUGGCCAUGGACUGUUUCAACCAACAACCCAUAGUCAACUUUCACUUUAUUAAUGAACCAGGAAAUGUGAAUGUUUAUUCAAGUUGGCUAACGUAGUAUCCUGCUAUGGACUAUACGCCUCUGGAGAUGUCAUCUCCGGUGUUUAUCUCAAACAUCCUUUGUCUGUCUUUUGCAGCUGUCUGAGAAGGAGAUGAGUAUGUUAGAGGAGAGGGUCAAGCGCUCGGCUAAGAAGACCCCAGCAGCAGCCCCACCACCCACCAGACAGACUGCAGAGAGAGAGAGGCCCCAGAGAGAACACCCCUCCAACCCCAAUGCUACCUUCAUGAGGAAGCCUGCUCAGCCACCUCAGGAGGAAGUGCCCAACAAGCUCAAGUAUGGGAUUGGUCAAAUCCCUGACCUAGUGCCUCCUCAACUACCUACCAAAGCAUGGCUCUCUAUUCUAACAGAUCUAUGGUGUUUUUACUUUAGUCUGGUGAUCUAGUAGUUACAAGUGCCACUGUACUUUACUCACAUUCAUGGCAAAGAAAUUCUGUCCAUGCCUUAAGACCUUACCUACAAACCCUCGUAAGGAUAAACCCUUUAUGUUCCUCCUCAAUGUCAGUCUUUUACUCUUUUCACACUGAUGUGAUGAGCCGAACCGUGCUGAGCUCUACUGCACUGACCUGGUUACGCAUCCAUCAUACAUACCGGAACAAUGCUUGAACAACAAUGUGAAAGAAAAAAUAUCUGAGCCAGCACAGUAUAGAUUAAAAAAUCUUACUUUUUCGCCAGAGGGAAAUUUGUUUGCACGGUUUGGGUUGGCACGAUGGUGUGAAAAGAGUAUUUGUGUAUUCUUUCCUUCUCAAUUUUCUAACCUCUGUUGGUUUCAUUGCAUGGUGUGCGGUCUGUUAAUGCUGAGCCUCUCUUAUCCUUUAUAAUUGCUCUUCUCUUAUCGCUGCUCUGCUCUCCAUGGACAGAAUAAUGUAUCGCACUUAUAGGAUGUGAGUACCGCCGUGCCUCUCCCAGACAGUGUGCACUCUGCUCUCCUCCAGAAGCACUCAGGAUGGGGAUGUGAUGUAGAUUAAUCUAAACGUAACACUCACCAGUCUAAACUAAGUAGUUCAGUUUAUGUCUCCUCCCCCCUAGGGCUGUUGCGGUGACCGUAUUACCGCCACACCGGCAGUCACGAGUCAAGAAGGCAGUACAUUUCCACGUGACUGUUUAGUCACGGUAAUUAGGCUUCUCCAAGCUCUAAUGCUGUUGAUGGUCAUUUGUAGCCUACCAAAUGUGCUAACUGCCUGGUACUCAGCACUCUAUUGUCCCUCUAAUCAAACACUUAAUGACAGCCCAUGAGCUCAUGUUGCGCAACAUUUCUAUAGGCUAUGCAGUUGCGUGAGAAAACAGAGUGAUGGCCUCUAUUAAAAAGAGGAUCCCAUCAGCUUUCUAUAGGCUAGGCCUACUAUAUUUAUUUCUCAACUUUCCUAAUAUUAAACACAUUGCUUAUCUUUACAACAGGAGUAUAGCCUAUCUGGCUGGCAUGAAAAUGAACCACAGGAAAAGCGUCCUCCUUUCGCUAUUUAAGUGUAUAGAUUACAUGUAUUUUUUCCCGCUGCCCCUGUUUCAAGACAGGUGCAUGAUGAUGGUCCGUUCUAAAUCAAAACGAAUUUCACACAUAUAUUAUUUAGUAUACGUAAAGACAAGAUUAAAUCGAGAAUAGUCUGAUGGGUGACAAGAUUAGCUUAUCAUGUGAAUUAUAUAUUGUCACUUGUGAAUGAUGCCCAGCUUAAGGCAAAUCAUAGUCGCACACCACAUGUAGCCUAGCCGCACACCACAUGUAGCCUAGCCACACACCACAUGUAGCCUAGCCACACACCACAUGUAGCCUAGCCCAUGGGCCUAUAUGUUUUGAUAAGGUUUGUUUCAAAAUCCACUUUACAACGGGUGUAGAGCCUAACUGGCAUACAUAUUGUAUGCAGCGCGUGAGUUUCAAGUUUGGGGAAGAUCAUUUUCACCAUAAAAAUGCACCUUUUUAUAAUAAAAGCAUUACAUGCAUAAUCUCAUUUGUGGUCACUUUUGAUAAAUGGUGUUUUCCCGCUAAUGGAACAUUCACGCUUAUAACCUACUGCCGUGUGCGCAUUGCUGCGCUUAUAAUGUGAAGAAAUAGCCUAAUUGCGUCAGCCUCAUUGUGUUAAAAGUUUUUUUGAUGCUAGUGGUUGUAUUAAUUUGGGAUCUAUCACAUCCCACAACUGUCCCAGACUAUGGUUGGAAUAUUUAUUUCUCGCACAGAAUAGAAUAGGUCGACUUUUCAAAUCGUUUGGAGAAAAUAUCCUUUCUAUUUUAUUCAGCUUUGUUCAAUUGUAUUCUUCAUACUAUAAAAUAAUGCCACGGAAUUAUAAGCAAAUCUUGUCUGCUAAAUGAACUAGUGUAGCCCACAGCCAUAUGGCAUAGCCAGAUCACAACCUAACAUAAGGACAACUCAGAGUAUGCUAUUCUGUUCUUCUGAAAUAGACUACAUUUUCUUCAUAUCAUGUUUCUUUGACCUGUCUAAAAUAAAUAAUGGAUUUAUUGUGAAGAUGUAGGCUAUAUUACAUGGAUUUAUUAGACUUUUUUUAAAUGUAGAUGUUCCAAAGGUCUGCAUCAGCGGCUUGUAGGCUAUGCAUGGCAGCCAGGAGAUGCAAAAUGUGUUUGUUAAUUAAUGGUCAAUUACCGUGAGACCGGCAGUUAUUUGCUUGACAAUCACCGGCUGACUAAAUUUCAUGACCGCCACAGCCCUAUCCCCCCGCCACAGCCCUACUCCCCCUCCUCGUCGUCGUCCAGUGUUAAUGGCAACCUUCCAGUGUCCAUACUAGAAAACCACUUAGAGUGAAGCAAUGUAUUACUCAGCCAUUCUAAGUAGUAUUCUGGUGCGGGUAUAUUGGAACAGAGAUAAUGUGUGCCUACCUGUCUGUCUGUGUUGGUUUCGAUGACAUGGUUCUGAAUGAUCCUCUUCUGUCCUCCCCACAGCCAAGCGCGGGCUCAGAACGCUAUACGGGAACACUCGCACCCGUCCAUCCCCAAGGAGUUUCAGCUGGAUCUGGACAUGAUUGAGAACGACCACACACGGGUCAGUGAGCUGCCCGACCUGGUCCAACACAAACUGGACGAACUGCUGGAGCCCAUCAUGAUGCCAGAGCCCAAGUGAGUGUCUGUCUGACCUGACCCAAACUUUAUACCAAACUUUCCCAAGUCUUAGACCAACGCUGCCUGGCUGGCCUGAACUUCCAUUUCAGUCUUUUUUACAUUAGUUCUGAAAUAGCAGAGUGAUGAAUAGUUGAGUGAUGAACUACACUUUUAACAUGUGGAUACACAACUAACCUGUCCAAGCAUUAUACCAACACUGGCUGGGAGGGAUGUGCAUUGAUCUACUGUAGAACCGUUUUGAAUUUCUAAAAUCCAAGAGACUUGUGAUGGUCGUGGCAUCACAAGACUAACGACAGUGAGUGGUUAUGUAAUUAGUUGUGUGUGUGUGUGUGUGUGUUUCCCCAGGAUCCGCUCUCUCUCGCCCCACUUUGAUGAUCUUCACAACAGCACCGCUUCCACCAUCAACUUUGUCAUUUCCCAGGUGGCCAGUGGAGACAUCAACACCAGCAUACAGGCUCUGGCACAGGUUGGUACAUCACUGUAGUAUAGGCUGAAAAAGAGGUUAGGGAACAUCAAGCCUCGAUUUCCGUCUUCCAAUAGUCGAGUGAAGGGGACUUGGAAGUCUGGAAAUGGGAGACUAGGGAACAUCGAACUCCGACCUAUCUAACUACAGUACUCUGCUCUAGUUAGAGAAGAGGGCAAGCAGUGGACAGUGUCUCUCUGCGUAUUAACCUCUGUAUCCCCUUCCCCCAAGAUUGAUGAGGUGUUGAGGCAGGAGGACAAGGCGGUGGCCAUGUCAGGUCACAUCGACCAGUUCCUCAUCGCCACCUUCAUGCAGCUGCGUCCUCAUUUACAACACACACAUGGCCGACGACCGCCUCGACAAGAAGGACAUCUUCAAGCUCUACAGCUGCAUCAUCGGCAACAUGCUCUCAGUGAGUAGUGACUACACAUUCACACCACUAGGGGGGGCGAUACUGGUCUGUUUGAAAGAGUUGGCUCAAUCUCUACAUUUACAUUUACAUUUUAGUCAUUUAGCAGAUGCUCUUAUCCAGAGCGACUUACAGUUAGUGAGUGCAUACAUUUUCUUUCAUACUUGGACAUUCAGACCACAAUCUCACCACACUGUCAUAACCAUAACGUCAUCAGGCUAUGUCACUAUGGUGAGGUAACAGCGUGACGGUGGUGACUCAGAGAGGUCGUGAAGGUGAUGACGUACCGGGAUCUGUCCUUUGCCAAUGAUGCGGUCGGUGCUGUCUCCGUCCUCUUUGUUCUGCUUGGUCUUGUUGUAGCUCUUCUCAUAACACAGCAGCCUCCAGGUCUAUCUCAAACUCCUCGUUCCAAGAGGUUUUGUUUUAACAUCUAAAACCAGAAUAUUUUCACAGUGUAUCAAGGUGGAGAUCUCUUUCUAGAGUAACAUUAAAAGAGACAGUUGUUGUAUUUUUUUGUAUUUUUGAUUUGACCAAACUCUUUUUAGCCAAGCACACCGGAGUAUGCUUAGUAGACCGUUGUGGACAUCUGUAACACUGACAGGUGUGUGUGUGUCUCCUGUGUACUGUAGUUGUUCUCUAUGGAGAGCCUGGCGCGAGAGGCGUCUAUGGGGGUUCUAAAGGACCUGAUGCACGGUCUGAUCACGCUGAUGCUGGAUGCCCGGGUGGAGGACAUCGAGGACGGACAGCAGCUCAUCCGCUCCGUCAACCUGCUGGUGGUCAGAGUACUGGAGAAGUCUGACCAGACCAACAUCCUCAGGUCAGAACUUUGACUUUAUUACAUUUAGUUUUACGGGGACAGUGCACAUGAAUCAACAUUACUGUAAAUGCCUUGUCCUGAGAAAUGUUAGCAAUGAUGGCUCAUGUACUUCAGAGAACCUCUCUAAGCACAGAGCAGGAGAAUGCACCCUGGCUAAGGAUGAUGGAGAUUAAGACAUUUCCAGAAUACUGUAUAUAGUAUCUCUUUUUCUCUCCUCCCAGUGCUCUUCUAGUGCUGCUACAUGACAGCCUUACCACCUCAUCAGGGUCUCCCAUGUUCUCUGAACUGGUCAUGAAGGUAUCACUAUUUCAUUUGUUAUGGGAGUGUUUACUUUUAUCUGUGCAUGAUAUGUAUGGUGUUUGCACAUGAGCUAGUCAGAUGUGUAUUCCCUGUUCUUUGGGAUAUUUUACCUUUUUUAGCUAAAAAAAUUUAAAAGAUUACCUAUUUCCAAUCCAAAUCAUUAUAAAUAAUUAUUUUGAGGCUCAAUUAACAAUUUAAAUGUAAUAUAUUUAACCCCCUGGUUCUCUCUCUCUCUAGUGCCUGUGGCGUAUGAUCCGGUUCCUGCCAGAGACCAUCAACAGCAUCAACCUGGACCGCAUCCUGUUGGAUGUCCACAACUUCAUGAAGGUGUUCCCCAAGGAGAAACUGAAGCAGCUGAAGUCUGACGUGCCCCACAGGACUCUCAAGACCCUGCUGCACACACUGUGUAAACUCACUGGAGCCAAAGUACGUACUAUACAUACCCAAACCUCAUUCACAUCCAAUAAUAUAUAUAAUAAUAUAAUAUGCCAUUUAGCAGACGCUUUUAUCCAAAGCGACUUACAGUCAUUCGUGCAUAAUUUUUUUUUUUUUUGGUGUGUGUAUGGGUGGUCGUAUUUUAUGUACGCAGAUGAAUUUCCCCUUGAGGGAGAAUAAAGUUCUAUUGAAUUGAACCACCUUACCAUUAUUUAUGGGGUACUAUUCAGUGGUGCUUAUUUGUCCGGAGAUGCUGUCUAUUUUCUGUGGUUUUGAUUAAGGAGACCAUAGUGAGGCCGUUGUUGUUUUGACCAUGUUUCUUUGCUGUGUCUAGAUCCUGGACCACAUGUCCAUGAUAGAGAACAGGAAUGAUUCUGAGCUGGAGGCCCACCUGAGACGAGUGGUCAAACACUCUGGAAACUUCUCUGGCAUGAAGUCUGACCGGGGCACAGAGAAAGGACAGGUACGUUCAGUUAAUCCAACCUCUAAUCACUUGAUUCAUUUAACAUCGUUCAAGUGAAUACACUGCUUUUAAAAUAGUUGUGGAUAACACAAGGUUUUUACAACAUGUCUGCAGUGCAACAUGAGUCCACUUCCAUAAUAGCAUAAUGUAUCCUUACUUCUUCCAGGAUGACAAGAUGUCUAAAGCUAAAGUGAGUGACAUCCUCUCUGAGAUCUUCAAGAAGAUUGGCUCCAAGGAAAACACAAAAGAGGUGAUUAUUUUCUUUGUUUCCUUGGUCGUUCAUGUAUUCAUACCUUCAUUUUAUGAUUUGCACCCUCUUGUUAAGGUCGUAAUUGUAAAAGAUAGUGUUAAUUUACAGUACCAAUCCAGAAUUGUGAGUGAGUUAACUGUUUGUUGUGUCCCCAGGGCCUGACUGAGCUAUAUGAGUAUAAACAGAAUUACUCAGACACUGACCUGGAGCCCUUCCUGAGGAACACGUCUCAGUUCUUCCAGAGCUACGUGGAGAGAGGCCUCCGCAUGAUCGAGUCUGAGAGAGAGGGCAAAGGCAGGAUCCAGACUUGUAGCACAGGUACUAACCCUGCAAGAUUUAAAGAGGAAUUCCACUCAAUAGUUUAAAUGUGAAGUUGUGUUAUUUGCCUUGUAAUAUUUGAUCUGAUAUGACUGUCUACUAUGUGUCUAACCCAGAGAUUUUGUCAUAAUCUGUAGCAGAGUAAUAGGGAAUGCAAUCCUGAUAUCAGCUCUGGUACUUUGGUAUAAGCAGUGUUAGUAUUGUUUGAAUGACUAUUGAGGUUUACUAGUUGCAAUCUACUGUAUGUACAGUGCAUUGGGAAAGUAUUCAGACACCUUCCCUUUUUCCACAUUUUGUUACAUUACAGCCUUAUUCUAAAAUGGAUUAAAUAAAAAAAAUUCCUCAUCAAUCUACAGACAAUACGCCAUAAUGACAAAGCGAAAACAGGUUUUUAGAAAUGUUUGCACAUUUAUUAAAAAUAAAAAACAGAUAUAUACAUAAGUAUUCAGACCCUUUGCUAUGACACUCAAAAUUGGGCUCAGGUGCAUCCUGUUUCCAUUGAUCAUCCUUGAUGUUUCUACAACUUGAUUGGUGUCCACCUGUGGUAAAUUCAAUUGAUUGGACAGGAUUUGGAAAGGCACACACCUGUCUAUACAGUGAGGGAAAAAAGUAUUUGAUCCCCUGCUGAUUUUGUAAGUUUGCCCACUGACAAAGAAAUGAUCAGUCUAUAAUUUUAAUGGUAGGUUUAUUUGAACAGUGAGAGACAGAAUAACAACAAACAAAUCCAGAAAAACGCAUGUCAAAAAUGUUAUAAAUUGAUUUGCAUUUUAAUGAGGGAAAUAAGUAUUUGACCCCCUCUCAAUAAGAAAGAUUUCUGGCACCCAGGUGUCUUUUAUACAGGUAACGAGCUGAGAUUAGGAGCACACUCUUAAAGGGAGUGCUCCUAAUCUCAGUUUGUUACCUGUAUAAAAGACACCUGUCCACAGAAGCAAUCAAUCAAUCAGAUUCCAAACUCUCCACCAUGGCCAAGACCAAAGAGCUCUCCAAGGAUGUCAGGGACAAGAUUGUAGACCUACACAAGGCUGGAAUGGGCUACAAGACCAUCGCCAAGCAGCUUGGUGAGAAGGUGACAACAGUUGGUGCGAUUAUUCGCAAAUGGAAAAACCACAAAAUAACUGUAAAUCUCCCUCGGCCUGGGGCUCCAUGCAAGAUCUCACCUCGUGGAGUUGCAAUGAUCAUGAGAACGGUGAGGAAUCAGCCCAGAACCACACAGGAGGAUCUUGUCAAUGAUCUCAAGGCAGCUGGGACCAUAGUCACCAAGAAAACAAUUGGUAACACACUACGCUGUGAAGGACUGAAAUCCUGCUGCGCCCGCAAGGUCCCCCUGCUCAAGAAAGCACAUAUACAGGCCUGUCUGAAAUUUGCCAAUGAACAUCUGAAUGAUUCAGAGGAGAACUGAGGGAAAGUGUUGUGGUCAGAUGAGACCAAAAUUGAGCUCUUUGGCAUCAACUCAACUCGCCGUGUUUGGAGGAGGAGGAAUGCUGCCUAUGACCCCAAGAACACCAUCCCCACCGUCAAACAUGGAGGUGGAAACAUUAUGCUUUGGGGGUGUUUUUCUGCUAAGGGGACAGGACAACUUCACCGCAUCAAAGGGACGAUGGACGGGGCCAUGUACCGUCAAAUCUUGGGUGAGAACCUCCUUCCCUCAGCCAGGGCAUUGAAAAUGGGUCGUGGAUGGGUAUUCCAGCAUGACAAUGACCCAAAACACACGGCCAAGGCAACAAAGGAGUGGCUCAAGAAGAAGCACAUUAUUGUCCUGGAGUGGCCUAGCCAGUCUCCAGACCUUAAUCCCAUAGAAAAUCUGUGGAAGGAGCUGAAGGUUCGAGUUGCCAAACGUCAGCCUCGAAACCUUAAUGACUUGGAGAAAAUCUGCAAAGAGGAGUGGGACAAAAUCCCUCAUGAGAUGUGUGCAAACCUGGUGGCCAACUACAAGAAAUGUCUGACCUCUGUGAUUGCAAACAAGGGUUUUGCCACCAAGUACUAAGUCAUGUUUUGCAGAGGGGUCAAAUACUUAUUUCCCUCAUUAAAAUGCAAAUCAAUUUAUAACAUUUUUGACAUGCGUUUUUCUGGAUUUUGUUGUUAUUCUGUCUCGCACUGUUUCAAAUUAACCUACCAUUAAAAUUAUAGACUGAUCAUGUCUUUGUCAGUGGGCAAACGUACAAAAUCAGAAGGGGAUCAAAUCCUUUUUUCCCUCACUGUAUAAGGUCCCACAGUUGACAGCGCAUGUCAGAGCAAAAACCAAGCCAUGAGGUCGAAGACAUGAUUUUGUCGAGGCACAGAGCUGGGGAAGGGCACCAAAAAAUGUCUGCAGCAUUGAAGGUCCCCAAGAACACAGUGGCCUCCAUCAUUCUUAAAUGGAAGAAGUUUGGACCACCAAGACUCUUCCUAGAGCAAUUGGGGGAGAAGGUCCUUGGUCAGGGAGGUGACCAAGAACCCGAUGGUCACUCUGACAGAGCUCCAGUUCCUCUGUAGAGAUGGGAGAACCUUCCAGAAGGACAACCAUCUCUGCAGCACUCCACCAAUCAGGCUUUUAUGGUAGAGUGGCCAGACAGAAGCCACUCCUCAGUAAAAGGCAGAUGACAGCCCGCUUGGAGUUUGCCAAAAGGCACCUAAAGACUCUCAGACCAUGAGAAACAAGAUUAUCUGGUCUGAUAACCAAGAUUGAACUCUUUGGCCUGUAUGCCAAGCGUCACGUCUGGAGGAAACAUGGCACCAUCCCUAUCGUGAAGCAUGGCAGCAUCAUGCUGUGGGGAUGUUUUUCAGCGGCAGGGACUGGGAGACUAGUCAGGAUCGAGGGAAAGAUGAACGGCGCAAAGUACAGAGAGGUCCUUGAUGAAAACCUUCUCCAGAGCACUCAGGACCUCAGACUGGGGCGAAGGUUUACCUUCCAACAGGACAACGACUCUAAGCACACAGCCAAGACAACGCAGGAGUGGCUUCGGGACAAGUCUCUGAAUGUCCUUGAGUGGCCCAGCCAGAGCCCGGACUUGAACCCGAUCGGACAUCUCUGGAGAGACCUGAAAAUAGCUGUGCAGCGACAAUCCCCAUCCAACCUGACAGAGCUUGAGGUUCUGCAGAGAAGAAUGGGAGAAACUCCCCAAAUACAGAUGUGCCAAGCUUGUAACGUCAUACCCAAGAAGAUUUGAGACUGUAAUCGCUGCCAAAGGUGCUUCAACAAAGUACUGAUUAAAGGGUCUGAAUACUUAUGUAAAUGUGAUGUUUUUUAUUUUUAAUACAUUUGCAAAAAAUUCUAAAAACCUGUUUUUGCUUUGUCAUUAUGGGGUAUUAUGUGUAGAUUGAUGAGGGGAAAAUGAAUUAAUUAAUUUUAGAAUAAGGCUGUAACGUAACAAAUGUUGAAAAAGUCAAGGGGUCUUAAUACUUUGCAAAUGCAUUCAUUGAUAUUACUGUAAAUGCAUGUGCUGGACUGGUUGAAAAGCACUUCAGUUGCUGUGAAGAGUUCUGUUGAAGUUAAAUGUUUCUCUCUUACAGUGAUUCCCCAACAUGGCCUAGACUCUGGCUCAGUGCCUCUGAACGGAGAGGAGAUGAAACCUGCAGUGUACUACGAGAGACUGAAGAUACUGAGACAGAGACAGGGACUGGAGAACAACUCCAGGGUUAGUUUAAUAUUGAUCACAUUGAUGCCACUUGGCUUACAAUUUCACAUUCAUAUUAUGAUGUUGAUGUAGAAUUUGACUACUUGCUGUAUUGAUGAGUGUCCCCAUCAUAUUAUAGCUAGUGUCACACCCACAGUGAUGUAGCAUUGUUUCUUGGCUAGCUUACUUUAAAUUCGAAAACUGAUCACCUGUUCUUUCCCCCCCCCCUUCCUCUCCUUUCCCCUCCCUCAUUUUCUCUUCUCUCCCGUCUCCCUUCUCCAUCUUAAUAGCAGGCUCAGCUGUUGCCGCAGGAGGAGGGGGACAGUGGACAGACGCGUCCCAUGACGUCCCUGCUGUCCAAGCCCUCGGUGGCCUCCUCCACAGACAUGCUCCAAAGCAAACUGUCUCAGCUCAAAGAGUCCCGCGAGUCCCACUUCCAGCAGGAGCAGUCCCACUCCCACAGCCCCACACGCUGCUCGUCCCCCUCCGCCAACCUCGACGACCUCAAGAAGAGGCUGGAACGGAUAAAGAGCAACCGCCAAUAA